AUGCGCCGCCUGCCGCAGCUUGCCGUUCAGCUGGCCCGUGGGAUUGCCAGCUCGUCAGACGCCGCGGUGCAGGGAAGGCCACCUGCGCCACGCCGAUACGGCGUGGUGAUCGACGGCGACGUCUUUGGCCCCCGCCACUUCCCGGCCCUUCUGGCGGCCGUUCGCCGCCGCGGGUACCUGGUCUCCGGUGUGGUCUGCACUGCCGCCCCACCGCGUGGGGCCCGGCCGGCCUGGCCGAGUGAGCUGAGCUUCGUCGCGGUGCCGCGGGGGAAAGGCGGGAAGGAUCCGAACGACAUCGCUGUCGCCUUCGAAGCUGCGAGGCUGGCCUUUCGGGAGGACAAAGUGGACGCCAUCGCAGUUGCAGCCCCUGACACCGACUUUCUGUUCUUGCUGGAACGGCUGGAGGCACAAGGCAUUGCCACCUUGGCACUGCUGCCCUUGGCCACGGAGCCUGGCGUGGCCCAGGCAUUCCAAGCCGUGGCUGAGGUGGAACGGUUUCGGACAGAUGAGCCAGCGGAGAGACGCCCCACGAAGAAGAUUGUUCUGCAGGCAGAGGGCUGGAGCUCCAUCGAGGACUUGGGCGCUGCAGAGUUUGGCACCGGCCAGGUGGACCCUGUCCUUCUGAACAGCCUGCGCGUGAAACUCUGCGAGUUGAACUACCUGCAGGGCCAU